CCGCGAAGCUUCCGACAUGGCUCAAUUAGCUUUACCCUUGGUACAAGCCGUUGCAAGUGCAAUUCCACUUACUGGUGCUCCGAUGCAAGCUGCUAUUGGUGGAUUAUUGACAAUCCUUCAAGCUAUAGAUAGACGUGGUCAGAAUAGUGCGGACGUGAAUAGCCUGGCAUCACGACUCCAUCGACUAAGUUGCCAUUUUUGUAACGCCCCACCUGCCCAGGAUCUUCUUGAACAAUCUCGGAGGGGUUCCUUAGAUAGGAUGCCGCAAGGAUCUUGGUCCAGCUCACAAUGUUGCAUAACCGUCGUCCCGCACACACAUCCGUUUCACAAGCUAUCGCCGGAUGCUCCGGUGAAAUCGACCGUCAUCUGGCGGAGUAUUUGUUGUCGCCCCAAAUGCAAAUGCAACACAAAAUGCAUGAAAUGUGGAGGCUGAUCAUCUACGCCUCCGUGGGACUGACUGCAGCGCAGUUAACUGGAACUGUCACUGGCAGACGCGACAGGCCACGCACACCCAAUAUCGGUGAAUUUCUGCGCCUCAUUUCAGUAAUUCAAUAAGAUACUCCAGGUUCUGUUUGAACGCGACUCGACUGAAGCUCAAAUUCAGAGACAGUAUAUGGAGCAAGGACGGUAUGAUCUGUGCACUGACGAGGGCACACGAAUGACCCAACUGACAAGCCAUGAAUGGUCAAGCAUUGAAGCGGGCACGAAGAUUGUCAUGAGGGUUAUC